GUGGAGUGGAGUUGGUCCGUGGGGAGGUCGCGGGGGUUUAAGCCUUUUCACCCGGGCAAAUCCGCGCGCUCACGUUGGUAUAUGGGAUGGAAGCGGGGCCAGCGACAGCAGCAACAGUUGGCCCAUAUGUGCCACCUCUGCAGCAGGUGUUCCAGGCACCACGGCGACCAGGGAUAGGAACGAUAGGCAAGCCAAUUAAACUUCUAGCCAACUACUUUGAAGUUGAUAUUCCAAAAAUAGAUGUUUACCAUUAUGAGGUGGAUAUUAAGCCGGACAAAUGUCCAAGGAGAGUAAACAGGGAAGUGGUGGAGUACAUGGUUCAACAUUUCAAACCUCAGAUCUUUGGAGACAGAAAGCCAGUGUAUGAUGGGAAAAAGAAUAUUUAUACAGCAACACUACUGCCAAUUGGCCAAGAUCGGGUUGACUUUGAGGUGACCAUACCAGGUGAAGGAAAAGAUCGCAUUUUUAAAGUUUCAAUUAAAUGGUUGGCAGUGGUGAGUUGGAGAUUGCUACAUGAAGCCCUCGUCAGUGGUCGAAUUCAGGUUCCUUUAGACUCUGUUCAAGCCCUGGAUGUAGCUAUGAGGCACCUGGCAUCAAUGAGGUACACCCCUGUUGGUCGAUCUUUCUUCUCUCCACCUGAGGGUUACUACCACCCACUGGGUGGAGGGAGAGAAGUCUGGUUUGGCUUCCAUCAGUCUGUCCGGCCUGCCAUGUGGAAAAUGAUGUUGAACAUUGAUGUAUCAGCAACAGCUUUCUACAAAGCUCAGCCUGUAAUUGAAUUUAUGUGUGAAGUCCUUGACAUACGGAACAUUGACGAGCAGCCAAAGCCUCUUACUGACUCUCAAAGAGUGCGUUUUACGAAAGAAAUUAAAGGUUUAAAAGUAGAGGUGACUCACUGCGGACAGAUGAAGAGGAAGUAUCGAGUGUGCAAUGUCACCCGGCGGCCAGCCAGUCACCAGACGUUCCCCUUGCAACUGGAAAGUGGACAGACUGUGGAGUGCACAGUAGCGCAAUAUUUCAAACAGAAAUACAACCUUCAGCUAAAGUACCCACACUUACCCUGUUUACAGGUGGGACAGGAACAGAAGCACACCUACCUGCCGCUUGAGGUAUGUAACAUAGUACCUGGACAACGAUGCAUCAAGAAACUUACGGACAAUCAAACAUCAACAAUGAUUAAAGCAACAGCACGAUCAGCGCCAGACAGGCAGGAAGAGAUCAGUCGACUGAUGAAGAACGCCAGCUACAACCUUGAUCCUUACAUUCAGGAAUUUGGGAUAAAGGUGAAAGAUGACAUGACUGAGGUUACAGGCCGGGUUUUGCCAGCACCAAUUUUACAAUAUGGUGGCCGGAACCGAGCAAUUGCUACUCCAAAUCAGGGAGUGUGGGAUAUGCGUGGCAAACAGUUCUACAAUGGGAUUGAGAUCAAAGUCUGGGCCAUCGCCUGCUUUGCUCCACAGAAACAGUGCCGGGAGGAGGUGCUGAAGAGUUUUACUGACCAGCUGCGAAAAAUAUCUAAGGAUGCGGGGAUGCCUAUCCAGGGCCAGCCGUGUUUCUGUAAAUAUGCGCAAGGAGCUGACAGUGUGGAGCCAAUGUUCAGGCAUCUGAAGAACACCUAUUCAGGACUCCAGCUUGUCAUUGUUAUUCUACCGGGGAAAACACCUGUCUAUGCUGAGGUGAAGCGAGUAGGUGAUACCCUCCUUGGCAUGGCAACUCAGUGUGUUCAGGUGAAAAAUGUUGUGAGGACAUCUCCUCAGACAUUGUCUAACCUCUGCCUAAAAAUCAAUGUGAAAUUGGGUGGAAUCAACAACAUAUUGGUACCUCAUCAACGUUCAGCUGUGUUCCAGCAGCCUGUGAUCUUCCUGGGCGCGGAUGUCACACACCCACCAGCUGGAGAUGGCAAGAAACCUUCUAUAACAGCAGUGGUUGGCAGCAUGGAUGCUCAUCCAAGCCGUUACUGUGCCACAGUUCGUGUGCAGCGACCCCGUCAGGAAAUAAUUGAAGACCUUUCCUACAUGGUUCGAGAACUUCUGAUCCAAUUUUACAAAUCUACUCGCUUCAAGCCAACAAGGAUUAUCUUCUAUAGAGAUGGCGUUCCUGAAGGACAGUUACCACAGAUACUACACUACGAGCUCCUGGCUAUUCGUGAUGCCUGUAUCAAACUGGAAAAAGACUAUCAACCUGGAAUUACCUAUAUUGUUGUCCAAAAACGGCAUCACACACGGCUCUUCUGUGCAGAUAAGAGUGAGAGGAUUGGAAAAAGUGGGAACAUACCAGCAGGGACAACAGUUGAUACCAACAUCACCCACCCAUUUGAAUUUGAUUUCUACCUUUGCAGUCAUGCUGGGAUUCAGGGCACCAGCAGACCUUCACAUUAUUAUGUAUUAUGGGAUGAUAAUCGAUUCACUGCAGAUGAGCUUCAGAUCUUGACCUAUCAGCUGUGUCACACCUACGUGCGGUGCACACGUUCUGUCUCUAUUCCAGCACCAGCCUAUUAUGCCAGAUUGGUGGCAUUCAGGGCAAGAUAUCACUUGGUGGACAAGGAACAUGAUAGUGGAGAAGGCAGCCAUAUCUCUGGUCAGAGUAAUGGACGGGAUCCCCAGGCACUUGCUAAAGCCGUCCAGGUUCACCAAGACACCUUACGCACAAUGUACUUCGCUUAGCUGUGUGGUAGUUUAGUCACCUCAACCUGCCAGCCUUCUGGACCAGAAGCAGCCAUACAUAAACAUUUGAGUAUCUUCCACUGACUAUGCCUUGGAGGUUGGAAACGGUCAACAUAUAUUUUACAAUAAGUAGCUAAUGAACUACAAAUGGACAGGGAAAGAUUGACCAGAAAAAUUAUCGAACAGGUCAAAACUAUUCCACAUGAAGAAAACAGAUUUCAUGUUCAAGUUUUAUUUUUUACUUGUUUAUGCAAUAUAUUGAUAACUUUUUAAUGUAAAAUGGAAAUGUUCACCACUGCCAAACUCCUGUUUGUUUUUUAUAACAUAUGAAAGAAAAUGACGAGCAACCACUUCAAAGGACAUCAUUCAAGAGAUGAGAAAUCCCAACUGUCCAAAAGCUGAACUUUUCAGUUUAGUGCCUGGACUUAAUUAUUUGAAUUUGCCGAUCUGUUAACUUGCCAGAGUUCUUUUCAUGCAUAUGCCGAAGUUGGCACCAAAACAUAUCAAUAGUUCUCAACCUGAUUAUGUUCUUUGAUGUCUCAUUCUUUGCUAUUCCUCGGAAUUUCAUUUUGACAAGUGCAGAAAGUUUGUGUAGUUACACAAUCUAAAAUGUUAUCAUGGUCACAUUCCAAAGUCUGGAUUUUGAAAGUUAUGAAUUUAUGGGCAGGGAGGGGGGAGAGAAUAGAAGUCCUGAUUGAGGCAGUAAAAGAGAAUCUCUUGUAAAUUUUUUUUUAAUGUUAUAAGAACCUUAAAGCAUUGUGAUGGCUGCACAUCUUUGUACUGAUAUUGUAAGCCACUCUUGCUCAACCUAUAAAAGGGAUGAAAAUGGCAACAAGGAAACAAGUAGAAUAUAGAUAAUCAGAUUUAGCGCAGUUAAAUGAAUAAAAAAGAGCUGGGGUAUUUUGAAACUUGCUGUUCUUUGAAUAUUCUUCAGCUGUCUAGCAAAAGAAUUGCACACCAGUGAACACUGGCUGUAAUUCCCACUAAUUAUUUUGGACCUGGAUGUAGAUUAACAAAAAGCUUAAUUUUGUAUUUUUUGAAAGGGGCAUUAAAGAUUGAGCAUUUUUUUGAUGUUCCUCCAAACUGAAUUAGUGCUUUGUUUUAAAAGCUUUGCUUAGCCUUCAUUUGGAUUUGAAGCUUCUUAUUUUCCUUUUCCAUACCCACUUUUUUUUAUACUCUAGAUCAGUGCCAGUAAAUUGAGAAUUUUCCAGAUAAUUCUGGAACCAUCCCAUGUCAGCAUAAAACAUUGGGCAAAUGUCAUAAAUAAUGAUGCACUACUAAAGCUUCCUGCACUGUAUUUCUACAGGUUGUAUUUCUUAAACUAAUCAUACUGUGAAACUGUCAAAUAGGUUGGCGAUCAGUUAUGUCCACUGAGCACUAAAUUGGAACUGGCCAAAACUUGUGUGCAUUAAUAUGAACCCAAGUUCCAGAGAUGCAUGUUUUAGCUUGCUGCACAGCCCAAUUCUAUAAAUAGAUUUUAAAAUAAGGUUGCAAAGACUAAUAGACUGGUCCUCUCAAGAUAAUAAAGAUUUACUCAGCAUAUUGGGGAGUAAUUUUAUAUUCACAAAUUUUGCACUGGAAUUAAACCAAUCUAGAACAAGUCUGCUGACAUUCCUGUCAAUAACACUAAAUUUCACGAAUACAAUGCACUACAAACAGACAGUAAAUACAAGUAACAAAAUAUAAUACAAAUGUAACCAGUGGGAGGAAACCACUAGAAAUACAUUAAGAUGCAUUUGACAGUCCAUGAUUUUUACUUGAAUUUAAGUUUUUUGGAGCUUUUCAUUGUCCCUUCAAUCUACAUUUGUCCUUUUAAGAUACCUUAUUGGAAUAUGGUGAAAUGGCUCUAGCUGCUGUUUAAUCUCAUGCAAGGCAUCUUUGAGUGAUUAUAUCAGUUUAGAGAGAAAGUGUAUAGCUAAAAACUUUGAAUAUCUAAGCAUGAAGGCCUGCAGAAUCCCACACUUGCCCUCUUUGUCAUCUCACUUUGUAGCAGAGAUCACUCCACAGUAGUUGAGAAUGAGACCCUGACUAAUUGGAAAUCCUAUAACUCUGCACAAUCUAAGAAUUAAACAGAAGAUCAUGCAGCCUUUCAGGGAUAGUUUCAGCCUACUUUUGUCAGCUGUCAUGGAAGAAUUUUGUACAUUUUAAAACUUCAUUUGAAACAAGUGCACCAAAGCUAAUCGUAGUGUUUUAGGAAUAGUUUAAAACUGGCAUCCACGAGAAGAUGAUCACCAGUUACACCACUUCCACUUGCUGCUGGUUACAGUCUUUUAUACCUGGACAUCAGUGUUGUAUGUUAGUGAAGCUGAUGUUUCCACUCUGCAUGCUACUCAAAGUGUGGUUUGUUUUCUCCGCUUAUUAUUUGUCAGCUCACAUCUAGAAAAGUUUUCUAACGAAUGAACUUUGCUAAGUUUAUUUUGGAUCUGUAGGAACAAGUUGGCAGCUAACAAAGUGAAAAACACAUCGAGGACCCAAUAAGACAGACCAGUGACAAGAGUUGGGUUUUAUCCUCAAGUAGAAAGUGAAAGCCGAAAAUUGUUAAUCACCCAUGUCUAAUGUGCUUAAAAAUAAUUCUGUAAACUUUAUUUUUAAAAACUACCUUUGUGAAGAUUAUACAAAAAUGUAUGCGCAAGUGGCUCAGGAGUCACAGGAUGUUCCGAUCUGAUACUUGGCUGCAUUAGAAGAUAAAAAUCAGAAUCAAGCAGGUUGCUUUUCCCCUCAGUUAUCUAUUGGAGAUGGGCACUUUUAGAAGCCUGAAAUUGCUUGUUUAUCCUCUUGAUCCAAAGCAUAAUGCAUAAGAAGGAAAGCAAAUUAACUUUUAAAAUGCACAUUAUUAAUUCUCUAUUUGUCAAAUUCUGAAAGUAUAAUAAAGAAAUAAUGAACAGUGUACAGAAGGUCAAUGGCUAGACCCUCCCUUAAUCCUGGUUGAUUAUCUCUUUGGCAAGUUUAGACUAAGAAACACUUCCCUAUUUUGUAGGAAAAGGUUCCAAGCUUCUUGAAUGACACACAAUGAAUAGCUAAAUCCCAGAUUCAGUCUUUGGUCUUUGUUGAAUUACCUGAUUGAUUGGAAUUUAUACUUUAGGUCACUAACCACCAAUAUUUGCUGGAAAUGAGGUGUAAGCCCUUCACAGUUAAAUAAUCUAAAGGGUGAAGAGCAAAAGUUAAACAAUAUUCAAGUGAAUACUUGGAAACAUCCACAAUUUGACACUAAAACUGAUUCUCACCAUUUGGUGAACUGAUAAUUCAGUAAUUCUGGGGCUCAGACUUUUUUUUUCCCAGGACAAUAUCAGCCAUUCCUGUUGUUUUAAAAAAGUUAUAGUCAGUUAAGGCAAUUGUCUUGGUGCUGAGAGUUAUGCUCAAGUAUUUACAGAGGCAGAGUGGUUUAUUUUCUUACACUGAACCAAUAUACUGAAGUUAACUCUAUUUAUAAUUUUCUAUGUUCCUUUUCC